AUGGUGUUCCGUAAAAAUGCCGACAGUAACAAUCUUAGUCCCAUUGAAGUUGAGUGGACUGUCCCUUCUUCCGAAAAAAAGGGCGCCAACUUGAUUGUGAUUACCAAAGAUGAAUUCCCUCGCUCGGACACAACAAUAGAAGCGUUGGCUCGUUUAAAACCAGCAUUUUGUGACGAUGCGGGCCACGGGACGGUCACAGCUGGCAACGCUAGCGGUGUGAACGACGGGGCGGCGUUUGUACUUCUCUGUCGUAGUGACCAGCUAACUCAUUUGGGUUCAAGAAAACCAUUGGCCCGCAUUGUGGGUUGGCAUCAGGUUGGUCUCGAACCUGAGUUGAUGGGUCUUGGUCCGGUACAAGCGAUCCGGGGGUUGUUGGAGAAAAUACACUGGAGUGUGGAAUCAGUUGACGUGUUUGAAGUUAACGAAGCUUUUGCAGCCCAGUCAAUUGCUGUAAGUCCACGUCACUCGUCACAUUACAAGGUGCAGUAA